CGACCUCUCUCCCUCGCUCUAUCCUUGUGUCAAACUUCAUCCCCGAAAUUGGUGUGUUGCUCAGUGAAAUAUAUCUUUGAGAAACAUCUCUGUAGUAAUAUGAUAAUGAAGAACAACAUGUUGCAUAACAGAUUUGGUGGUGGUGAAUGAGUAGAAUGGAUGGAAAAGAGGGACAAGAUGAUCGGCAGAAAGUUUCAAUGAGAAAGAAAAUGUACGCAGUGCAUCAUGCCACAGCUAUGCUGAAUCACAUCGUCUUUCUUUCUUGUUGAAUGACCUUGUCCAUUUACUCAUCCCAGCACUCCAACUCCAUUCGUAGGCGAUGUUGACGUGGUUUUAAUCGUAUCUUUGCAAUCAUCGGUACUUACUCCGCGCUUUGGGGUUGGGACGAUCCUCUAGCGAUAAAUUAAACUAAUUUUGCCUAGUUUCUGAUGAGAUGGACAUGAAGCCAAAUCAGGAGAGCUGUAAUAGAGUGUCAGAAUCAUUGGAAAAUCAUGCAAGCAUGGUUCUCAGUAAAUCAUCAUCAGAUACUAAUGAAAAUGGCAUCGCUGACAGUCUACAGUCGACUUCUGAUGGAUUUUCAGGGCUGAAUCAUUCAGGGAGUCACCGGGGCUCGGCUGAGCAAUUAUCUAAACAAAUCGAGAUAUCUGGUAUUCAAAAUAGCGUCGAGGAGAGUGAUAAAAGUUCAUCGAUAACAUCAGAGAAACAAUAUCAGAAUGGCAGACAGAGUUCAUCCCCUCAAGACACUGAUAACGAUAGGAGCAGUGAAUCAAAUGACUCAUCGAAUAACGAAACAAUGGAUAAGCAAUUUAUGGAGGAAUCACUAGAUAAUGUAGAGGUGUCUCCAAGUUACUCCCAGUCAUUCUCAUGUGUCAAAGAACCACUGCGUAAAAAUAUGAUUAGGAAGAAGGAAUUUUUGAAGAGCAAUCGACAGUCCCAUAGUUCAGAGAAAUCCUCGAAACCAUCUAGCAACCACAACAGCUUCUCCCUUGAUGAUGAUUCGAAUAAUUCAGACGAGGCGUGUGGUACGAGUGAUCAUCAGCAGCAGAUCAAUGUAGAUAUCUCGGAGGAGGGGGCGGUUGGGGUUGUCAGGGACACUGACGUGUCCUCCCUCCACGCAAUCGCCAGUUCCUCCAAAGAUUCGUCAGUGGGACUACCUCAAUCUGACACCGUUGACGGCGCAGCGAAAAUUGAUCUUCAAAAGCCCUUCAAACUGCCAAGCCUGGUGAACCUUUUUGAGGCAGCAGAGGCUGCCCAGAGGAUCGAAUUCGAGGGGAGUGCAGCAGCCCUGAUUGAGGCGUCUAGCUCGAAUCCUCGAGACUUAGAGGAAGAUGAUCUAGAGCCUCGUUCAUCGUACAGUAGUGAGGGGAGUAAUUCAGACACGGAGUCCCAAAGAAUUAAUGGAGGCCCUCGUAAGGAUCCGUCUAGCAAGAAGCAACGAAAUUUCAAUGGAAAUGGAGCACAGGUUGAGUACUACCAGUUGUGGAGGAGUACUGGAGGGGGGGAAUCAUCAACAGCAUCACGACCCUUCGACAGUCUCUACCCAAAUCCACCACCAUUGCCCCCUCGAGCUGUCCAUAAGCCUCUCCACCGAAGCAAUGCCCUUCAUUCUCACAAGCAUCUGACCCCCUGUCGUCCAGAAGACUGCUUCGGUUUUGAAAUAGUUGAUGUGGACGAGGCAGCAGGCCUGAAACCUCGAACAGCUGUGACGAAGAGCAUUGCUCUUCUCAGUUCACCACGAAGUCAUAGGCCCUUGGUGAGACCUGGUGUCGCAGGGGCUAGUGCCAGUGCCAGUGCCAGUGCCAGUGCCAGUGCCAGUGGAACAGCAGUCUCGUCACAAUCCGAGUGUCCACCGACUCCAACACAUCGUCCAAAACCACUGAGGCCUUUGCCAAUGUGCUCUUCAACAGCUAAUUCAUCUCUGACCAAUGAGGAACCACUACCUCCAUCCUGGGAGGCCAGGAUCGACAGCCACGGACGAGUGUUCUACAUCGAUCACAUUAAUCGCACGACCACUUGGCAGAGGCCAGGACAGUCUUCGAGGAACACAGGAUGUGAGAUGAGAAGACAGCAGUUGGACAGAAGAUACCAGAGUGUCAGGAGAACGAUAUCUCGACCUGAUAAUAUUGAUAGAAUCGACAGAGAAGGUGAGAGCGGAGAACGCCCAAGGCCAACUGAUCGAGAGAGACCGAGCGAAUCAAAUUCUGAGCCUUUUGAUAUAUCGACUAUUCCACCAGUUCUAUUUCUCUCUCGGCCAGACUUUUUCAACGUUCUUCACACCAAUUUGGAUGCCAUGGAGCUGUACAAUCGAAAUCCCAGCUUGAAACACAUGAUUAGUCGAAUCCGCAGGGAUCCACUGGUUUUCCCAAGGUACGAGCACAACAGGGACCUCGUAGCUCUGAUUAAUUUCUUCGCUGAUGUGAGCAAAGAGCUGCCUCGGGGGUAUGAAUCAAAAUUCGACAGAACUGGCAAGAGAUUCUUCAUAAGUCACGCCAGAAAAGCAACUUCAUUCAUCGAUCCUAGAUUACCAACCGAAGCAGCUCAUCCCAGAACUCUUCUCGAUGAAGCCCCCAUUCCUCCACCGAGACCCCAGCAAUCUGGUGUGACAACCACUCCAGAUAUACCUGUAGCAUACAAUGAUAAAGUUGUUGCCUUUCUUCGCCAGCCGAAUAUUAUGGAUAUUCUCAAGGAGCGGCAUGCGGCACUCGGCCAAAAUAUUGCUCUCAGAGAAAAAGUCAAUACGAUACGAGUGGAAGGUGCCACUGCUCUCCAGCGAUUGGGUCAUGACGUGCCUCUGGCACUGCUCCUCAGUCUCUUCGAACAGGAAAUAAUGUCCUAUGUUCCUGGAAAUAUUGGACGUUCGCCAAUUGGCAGUCCGCAUGCAUCGCCUGGAUUGACCAGAGCCUCUGCUCGUGCGCCUGCACCAUACAGGAGAGAUUUCGAGGCGAAACUCCGGACAUUCUACAGAAAACUCGAGAGCAAAGGUUUUGGCCAAGGCCCUGGCAAACUCAAACUACAUAUUCGACGUGAGCAUUUGCUAGAGGAUGCCUUUACUAGGAUUAUGGCAGCUUCUAAAAAGGAUCUACAGAAGGGAAAGCUUGUGGUGAUAUUCGAUCAUGAGGAGGGCUUGGAUUACGGUGGACCCUCCAGGGAAUUUUUCUUCCAUCUCUCUCGAGAGCUGUUCAAUCCUUACUACGGAUUGUUCGAGUAUUCUGCUAAUGAUACUUACACCGUUCAGGUCUCACCGAUGUCGGCUUUUGUCGAUAAUUAUCACGACUGGUUCAGAUUUUCAGGCAGAGUCCUUGGAUUAGCUCUUGUUCAUCAGUAUUUACUUGAUGCAUUCUUCACGAGACCCUUCUACAAGGCCCUUCUCCGGCUGCCAGCUAGCUUAAGUGAUCUCGAGAGCCUCGACCAAGAGUUCCACCAGAGUCUUAUGUGGAUCAAGGAACGGGAUAUCAGCAUUGAACCCUUGGAAUUGACCUUUUCAGUCACUGAGGAACUCCUGGGUCGUGUCGCCGAGAGGGAAUUGAAACCCGGUGGACGGAAUAUUGCGGUGACUGAGAAAAAUAAAAAGGAGUAUCUCGAGAGAGUCGUCAGGUGGAGAUUAGAACGUGGAGUGUCUGAGCAGACUGAAUCCCUGGUGAGGGGCUUCUACGAGGUCGUGGAUCCUCGGUUGGUUUCAGUUUUUGAUGCCAGGGAAUUGGAACUUGUGAUUGCUGGUGCUGCUGAGAUUGAUUUGAAUGACUGGAGGGCCCACACUGAGUACAGGAGUGGAUAUCAUGAUGGACAUCCUGUUGUCGAGUGGUUUUGGAGUAGCAUAAGUCGAUUCACCAAUGAGCAGCGACUUAGGCUUUUGCAAUUUGUAACUGGCACCUCCAGCAUUCCCUACGAGGGAUUCGCAGCGUUGAGGGGAUCCACGGGACCAAGAAGAUUCUGCAUUGAGAAAUGGGGAAGACCAAAUAGUUUACCGAGGGCUCACACUUGUUUCAAUCGAUUGGACUUGCCGCCUUAUCCAACCCCUGAAAUUUUGUACGACAAAUUGUUACUGGCGGUGGAGGAAACCAAUACCUUUGGCAUCGAGUAAUUCAAUUCACUUGCGCAAUUUAACGAACAACUGAGAGAAAUUCAAACGUCCAUUUAACGCGUAUACAGCAAACGUAAAAUAUUUAAAACGAAGUGAUAAUCGGAGUAUCACUAGGAUAAUGACGAGAAGUUUUUAAGAUAGUGUAAAUUGUAAAUAAUCAGCAGGAUCACCUGCUUUUUUUUUUAUCUUCAUUGCGUCACGAGUAUUUUACAGUAAUGGAGACAAGUACUUAAUUUAUUUUUUAACGCGGUGAUGAGCGGCUAUUUAUUCGCACAUAUUAUUUCUAUUUAUUGCGCACAUAUUUGAUAGAAUUUGCUAAUCUGUAGGGAUGAAAAACGGGUCGGCAAAGGUAUACGGUUGCAAUAUCAACUCAAGUCGCAUUAUUUGCUCACAAAAUGCAUCGAUGUUUUAUGCAACUAUUUAUUAAGAAAUAUUAUAAUAGACAGUUUCAGGGAAUCGUUAUUUCGUAUGCAUUAUAUUAUAUAUUAUAAUGAUACCGGAUAGUACAUUCAAAGUCUGAAAAUAAUUGUUGAGGUACUCCAACGUGUUCCAUCCGAAUAAUUUAUGGUUCGCAGUUGAAACUACAACAACGAAUUAAUUAAGCUUCGUCGUGCUUAAUUUUUCACUUUUUUCAAAAUUCAAAGUGUAAAAAUACCGAGAAAUUUAUCGACGACCGGAUGAACUCAUCGCUUUAUCUUUUUUUUUGCCCAAUAGCGAUGACAGUAUUUACAUAGUUAAUAGUGCCGAAGCACUUUGCUAUUUAUAACAAAUACAAGUGACGAGACUCGUGCAUUUAAUCUCACGGUUUUUGUAGUUUUCUUUCAACGGCAAUUGUAAAAGCGAAUAUAGAAGGCCAAUUUACGUGUCAAGUGCAAUUUUACGUUGAUUAUAUCAUUUAACCGAUACAAAUGAACUAAGAAAUAAUAUUAUAGACAUUUUACACUCCAUAUUCAGUCCUAAUCCUAGUCAUUUACUUAAUAGAAAGCAUCCAUAAUAUAUAUGUAAAUUAGAGAGGAAGAAUAAUUGUUACACAUUAAUAUGACACCUACAUACUGUUCAAGUGUAAAAUUUAAAAAAUUCAUCCUGUCUUGUUAUUCAAUGGUAAAUAGAGAUGAGAAAAACA